CAACAACGAUGAAAUACAACUAAAAACUAUUGACUUCACAACAACGAUGAAAUACAACAGCAUAGUAGCUGCAUUUCUAACACCAUGGACUUUAGUGAUCGGUGUGAAGUAAAUUUAAAUAUACAAAAUUGAAUAACAGAAUAUGUUUUCAACCUAUAAAUUGUUUGCUAGAGUUGAUAAACUACAUGCAAUGCCUUCAUGCAUUUUGAAUGCUGACAGCUCCAUUGACCCGAAAUGGGCCCCAUCAUACACCUAAUAUAUAUUCUUGGUAUUUUUCUAUAAUUUAAAUCUAUAUAUGUGGACUUACUCAACAGAACCAGCUUUUCAAUUCAAAUAUGUCAUCUUGUGAAUUAAUUUGAGCAGGGUUUUUAAUAACAAUGAACUCAGUGGCAAGAUUCCUUCAACGCUAGGACUACUGCAGACUUUGGAGAUAUUGUACAUGCCUGUCAUACCAUUGGUUCUUGUCAAACAAACGUGAAGGAAUUGGGACAGGAUGAAGCUCCUACAUUCCAAAUUAUAAUCCAAGCUUCAAAUCUUUUUGCCUGUUUUGUUCCACAGGUCAUUUCCUCUUCUAGUAAUAUUUGUUAGGAUUUAUUAGAACCAACCCCAUGUUAUAGUUUUAACUACUCAUUUGUUUUAGUGGCACAGGUGGUGUAACUUACUGUGCCGUUGCGUCUCUCCGGUUGAUGGGAUUCAUUGAAGAUGAUGUAUUGUCUAAAGGCGCAUCCUCUUCCAUCAUAAAUGUGCCAUUGCUUCUAGAUUGGAGCCUACAGGUUUAUUUUCUCAUUUAAUACGUAAAGGGUAUUUACUAUGCACUGAAACCCUGUGCUUCUGACACAUGAACUGAGAUAAAGCUGUUCAGAGCCAAAGGAACUUCCAAAUGAUUCAAUGCUCAUGAAUGAAUCAAAUGACACUCCAUGAUCUUGCAUUUUAUCAAACAAUUUGCAUGUUUGACGUUUUUUUAGUAUAUCCUUGAUGAAUUCUCAGCUCUGAGAGUACUUUCACUCUCAUCCUUUUCUUCAUGCAGAGGCUGGUAGCUAAUGGUGGAUUUCAAGGUCGACCUAACAAGCCUAGUGACACCUGUUAUGCCUUUUGGGUUGGAGGAGUUCUGAGGAUCUUAGGGGGCCACAAAUUCAUCGACGAGAAAGCAUUACGCCAAUUUUUGUUGACUUGCCAGUCCCAGACACUGGUGGGGAAAAGCCGUCUUUGGAUUGGAAUAAACGCAUGCAUAUUGCCCUUGGUGCUGCCCGCGGACUUUUAUACUUACACGAGCAGUGCAAUCCAAGAAUCAUUCACAGGGAUGUCAAAGCCGCAAACAUUUUGCUUGAUGAAAGAUUUGAAGCGGUUGUUGGGGAUUUUGGUCUUGCUAAGCUGUUAGAUCUUAGGGAUUCACAUGUCACUACUGCUGUGAGGGGCACUGUAGGACACAUCGCCCCCGAGUAUCUUUCAACUAGGCGGUCUUCUGAGAAAACCGAUGUUUUUGGAUUUGACAUACUGCUUUUGGAACUUGUAACAGGGCAUAAGGCAUU